AUGAAGCAAUCUAGAAAAUCAACUAAGAUCACUUUUCAAGGAGUAAAAGAAUUGGUUAAAUUUGGAAAUUUUGCUGAAACGGAAGAUGCUCAAGCUUCUAGCACUCCAAUUGCGAUAGUAGCUGCAGAACAUGUAGCUCCAGCAAGACCAAAUCUCAGUUCUUCGUUUGAGGUUUCUGAUAGUGAUGACGACAAUGAUAUUGAUGAUGAUGUUGGUGAUUCUAAUGAUGCUGAUGACAAUGAGAGUGAUGAUGGAGUGGAUUUUCGUAUGUAUGUACCACCGAAGGAUCCGAUUAGUAAUGAUGUGGAUACUCCAGCUGAGACUGAAAAGGAUGUAAAUAUUUUCAAGCAGUCAAACGAUCCCACACCCGAACAGAUGGAUGUUCUCAUUGUUCAACUACAGUCAACUACAAGGAAGCCUCCCCAAGCAGUUCCUGUUAUUUGUGAUUCUCCAUCUAAGAGUGAUAAAAUUGAUUCAAAUGCCUCCUUAGCACCAAGAAAGCGAAGACGUAAAUAUCCAAGGUCGGGAGUGCUUUCUACUGAGCCAGUACAACAGCCCUCUCCAAUUGCUGAGCCCAUUCAAGUUGCUCAUGAUGCUCAAAGUCCAAUUAUUGAGCCCGCUCAAGUUAUUCAAGAUGUUCAAAGCCCAAUCAUUGAAAUAGCCCCAGUCCAAGAAGAUGUUCAAAGCCCAUUCAUUGAAACAGCCCCGGUCCAAGAAGAUGUUUAA